AAAUAAAAUAACAGCUGUUCUACAAUAUUCGUUCGGGCAACUCAGUCAGCAGCUGUAGCACGCACGUAGCUGAUUUUCUUCGGAUUACGUUUCGUUGAACGGUGCUUCGCUUUCUCAUUGUUGUUUAACUGAUCGUGUGCUUUGGGUCUGUUGUUUCGUCUACUUUUCAACGUAAAUUAUUAACAAAGAUUUAAGGGUUGACGUUUGAAGUGUGUGACACGUACUUGUGGAUGCUGCAGUAUCGAUGCUAUGUUUACCAAAAUUUCUAGUUCGUUGUUAUUGUGACGAGUUGAAAUGCCUGGUGGAUACGUGGACAGCGCAAAGAGUUCCAAAGUGAUAUGUUUAUAUAAUUUUGUUUAGAUAGGUAGUGAAGGUUGAAUAAAUACAUAACUGACAAUGUCUAACACUGUUCCAACGAGUUCAGCCCUCAGGGCUUUAGCGUUGGAGUACAAGAGUCUGCAAGAAGAACCUGUAGAAGGUUUCCGUGUUAAAUUGCUAGGAGAGGACAAUCUAUUUGAGUGGGAAGUGGCAAUCUUCGGACCGCCGGAUACACUUUAUCAAGGUGGAUACUUCAAGGCACACAUGAAAUUCCCCCCUGACUACCCGUAUUCACCACCAUCCAUUAGGUUUUUAACUAAAGUCUGGCAUCCAAAUGUAUAUGAAAACGGAGACCUUUGCAUAUCGAUUCUCCACCCGCCCGUGGAUGAUCCUCAAUCUGGCGAACUGCCCUGCGAACGUUGGAACCCUACGCAAUCGGUUCGCACCGUACUCCUCUCUGUAAUCUCACUCCUCAACGAGCCGAACACCUUCAGUCCGGCGAACGUCGAUGCAAGCGUGAUGUACCGCCGCUGGCGUGACUCGAAGGGCAAGGACAAGGAGUACGAGAACAUUAUUAGGAAACAAGCGCAAGUCGCCCGUAUGGAGGCUGAAAAAGAAGGCAUAGUAGUACCGCUGACACUAGAAGAUUACUGCAUUAAAACACAGGUCAAGUCAACGACGCACGAACCUCAGCUGGACAUGACUGAUUUUUACGACGACGAUUACGACGACCUGGACACGGAUUCGGAUGAGGAGCUCGAGGGAGGUGACGGUGACGGCGACGACAGCGGCAACGGGGAGUCGUGAGGCCGCGCCCCCGCGCCCCUCUGCCGCCACGUCCCGACCAAACGUGUACGGACCUCUAUACAUUAUGUAGCACAUCACUAAUAAACGUGUUGUCCUAUAUCAAUAUUAGAAGAAAAAAAAAACAUGAAAUCACAGAUAAUAUAGAAAUAAAAAAAAAAAA